GAGCAGCGGCCGGCGCGGGCGGCAGCGGGCUCACCUGUGCAGGUGCUCCAGGCGCCCGGACCCUCCAGCACCCGCGCGGGCCGGCACUGCGGCAAGAUGCUGCGCGAGCGGACGGUGCGGCUGCAGUACGGGAGCCGCGUGGAGGCCGUGUACGUGCUGGGCACGCACCUCUGGACCGACGUCUACAGCGCAGCCCCAGCGGGGGCCCAGACCUUCAGCCUGAAGCGCUCGGAGCACGUGCGGGUGGAGGUGGUGUGUGACGGGCAGGCCGAGGAGGUGGCCACCAACGGCAAGCAGCGCUGGCCUCUCUCGCCCAGCACCACGCUUCGGCUCAGCAUGAGCCAGGCCAGCACCGAGGCCAGCAGCGACAAGGUCACUGUCAGCUACUAUGAGCAGGAGGGAAACAGCCCCAUCGACCAGGCUGGGCUCUUCCUUACAGCUAUCGAGCUCUCCCUGGAUGUGGACGCAGACCGGGACGGCGUGGUCGAGAAGAACAACCCAAAAAAGGCGUCCUGGACCUGGGGCCCCGAGGGCCAGGGAGCCAUCCUGCUGGUGAACUGUGACCGGGAGGUACCCUGGUUGUCCAAGGAGGACUGCAAGGACAACAAAGUCUACAGCAAGAACGACCUCAAGGACAUGUCGCAGAUGAUCCUGCGGACCAAAGGGCCCGACCGCCUCCCCGCGGGAUACGAGAUCGUCCUCUACAUUUCCAUGGCGGACUCGGACAGAGUGGGCGUGUUCUACGUGGAGAACCCGUUCUUCGGCCAGCGUUACAUCCACAUCCUGGGCCGGCAGAAGCUCUACCACGUGGUCAAGUACACGGGCGGCUCGGCGGAGCUGCUGUUCUUCGUGGAAGGCCUGCGGUUCCCCGACGAGGGCUUCCCGGGCCUGGUCUCCAUCCACGUCAGCCUGCUGGAGUAUAUGAGCGAGAAGAUUCCGCUGACACCCAUCUUCACGGACACCGUGGUGUUCCGGAUUGCUCCGUGGAUCAUGACCCCCAACAUCCUGCCUCCCGUGUCCGUGUAUGUGUGCUGCAUGAAGGACAAUUACCUGUUCCUGAAAGAGGUGAAGAACCUGGUCGAGAAAACCAACUGCGAGCUGAAGGUCUGCUUCCAGUACAUAAACAGGGGCGACCGCUGGAUCCAGGAUGAAAUCGAGUUUGGCUACAUCGAGGCCCCCCACAAAGGCUUCCCCGUGGUGCUGGACUCCCCCCGAGACGGAAACCUGAAGGAGUUCCCAGUGAAGCAGCUCCUGGGCCCAGAUUUCGGCUACGUGGCCCGGGAGCCCCUCUUUGAGCCUGUCACCAGCCUCGAUUCCUUUGGGAACCUGGAGGUCAGUCCCCCAGUGACCGUGAAUGGCAAGACAUACCCCCUGGGCCGGAUCCUCAUCGGGAGCAGCUUUCCUCUGUCCGGCGGUCGGAGGAUGACCAAGAUCGUGAGGGAAUUCCUGCAGGCCCAGCAGGUGCAGGCGCCCGUGGAGCUGUACUCAGACUGGCUGACCGUGGGCCACGUGGACGAGUUCAUGACCUUCAUCCCCAUCCCGGGCACAAAGCAAUUCCGGAUGCUCAUGGCCAGCACCUCGGCCUGCUACAAGCUCUUCCGAGAGAAGCAGAAGGAAGGCCAUGGCGAGGCCAUCAUGUUUAAAGGCUUGGGCGGGAUGAGCAGCAAGCGAAUCACCAUCAACAAGAUUCUGUCCAAUGAGAGCCUGGUGCAGGAGAACCAGUACUUCCAGCGCUGCCUGGACUGGAACCGUGACAUCCUCAAGAAGGAGCUGGGGCUGACGGAGCAGGACAUCAUCGACCUGCCGGCUCUGUUCAAGAUGGACGAGGACCGCCAGGCCAUAGCCUACUUCCCAAACAUGGUGAACAUGAUUGUGCUCGACAAGGACCUGGGCAUCCCCAAGCCGUUCGGGCCCCAGAUCGAGGAGGUGUGCUGCCUGGAGACGCACGUGCGCUCACUGCUGGAGCCCCUGGGCCUCUGCUGCACCUUUGUGGACGACAUUUCCGCUUACCACAAGUUCCUGGGCGAGAUCCACUGUGGCACCAACGUCCGCAGGAAGCCCUUCGCCUUCAAGUGGUGGCACAUGGUGCCCUGACCGGCAACGGGCACUGUGUGCCGGUCUCAGCCCACCAGGAAGCGGUGUUGCGGCUAGGCCGGCCCUGUGGUUCUCAUGAGGGCAAGAAGCCCCUCAGCCAUAAGCAUCAAGAAACUUGGAAAAAGCAAAACAAAAAAGUGUAUUGCUUACAGGACCUAGACAUUACACAGCACACCUGGGGCCACACGGCGAGGUCGUGGGGCAAGAGAGCGCAUGGGCCUGGGGUUCUGCUUUUAUUGGGGUCGAGGGUGGGGACCUAGGGUUUCCCCAGGCUCACUCUUCAUUGGCAAAUUUAAAACAUAAGAGGGGGAUGUUAAAGCACAGAAGAGGAAAAGCCAGCUGCCCAAAUGGUCAGUUAUCAAAGUCAACCAAGAUCUCUGAGAGAAAGGAGCCUCUAAGACAGUGGUUCUCAACCUUGGCUGCACAUUAGAAUCACCUGCGAAUCUUUUUAAAAUCCUGAUUUCUGGGCCUCAUCCUCCGGAAAUUCUGUUUCUUUGUUACUAAUGUUGUGGCCUCACCCCAUAACAAAGAAACAGAAUUUCCGGAGGAGGAGGCCCAGAAAUCAGGAUUUUAAAAAGAUCCCCAGGUGAUUCUAAUGUGCAGCCAAGGUUGAGAACCACUGGUAUAAGAGGAAGUGGCCAGGGUGGGGCCGGCAGAGAUGAUGUGCGAGAGCCGUCAUGGAAGUGGCCGCCUUGGCAGUCAGCUUCAGCCCGGCUCCUGCUUGACAACCCAGAGAUAACCCCCCAUCAGGGCCACACUACCAGGGCUCGGCACUUCCCUCCCCUCCCGAGUUCUCCCCCAGAGGUCCCCUUGCUCGACCAGACCCACUGGGAGGCCUGCAGGAACUGGGGAGGGAUUUGGGAUGUCAGUGCCUUGCCCUCCCUCAGAAGGCCCUCAGUGUCCACUGACGUCACCCCCAGGGAACCUCACUCUGUCCUUCCUGAAAAACAGCCGGGCGUUCGGCCAGUAUCGAUACAGCCCUGACAUGAAAAACAGAGCAAAGCCGCAGCUACCCAGAUCCUUCCCCAAAGAAGCCUAGUCCCUUGUCCAAAACUGCGUGCAGGUGAAGGGAGGAGGUUCAGGGCUCACCAGCUCUCCUCGUGGCCAUGCCCUGAAGUCAAGGUAGAUGGAGUGGAAAGGGACCUGGGACCCUGCCCUACCUUAACCUGCCAUCAACAUUUCAAAUUCACCUGCCUCCAGGUUCCAGGUGGCGACCCCAGUAUUCAUUCCUCACCAGCCUCCCCCACACCCCCUUGGCUUUCUCCCUGCCUUGGCCUCCCCCUUCCCCGAGGGUCCAAAAUGCCGUUAGAACCUUCCCUGGAGCAGAUUCUAGCCGAGCAGCCUUCUCCACUCCCCAGAGGCUCCUUCUGCCUCGCCGUUCUCCUGGACACAGGUUCUCCCAGUUGCUUGGGGCUUCUCCCCAGACAGGCCUCCUUGUAGCCAGAGAGUUCAGUGUGUCCAAGGCCCUGGGGUCUGCCACACCCACCUUCUCUUGCCUGGUUCUCAAUUCUAGGGCCAGUCCCUGGCCUCCCUCCUCUCACAGGUGCCUCUACUUCUUUAUCAUUCAGACCUUCCCCCGGGGUAUAAUGAAACACCUGCCCCUCCUCCCCAGUAAUCAGACCCAACACACAGGGACCUGGCCCAGCCUCCAGCCAGGAGAGCCAGUUCUGGGCCAGCUGCUGGCCUUGGGGAUGGCUUGAUCCUCCCAUUGAAGUUCACCAGAGCAUGUGCUGCAGACCCUCUCGUGUGGACAUAACCAGGUUAGUUGUCUGGCUCCCCCUGACAAGACUCAGCUGCAACUGAAAAAAAAAGUUCCUUUAGCGCCGGCUGAUGGCAGGAGAAUACAUGAAUUAUAGUUCCACAUUGAGGGUUAAAACGAACCAAUUUAUAACUGAGGAAAAGAUUAUAAAUAUGUAGUCUUGGGAGAAAAGUUUUCUCUUCCUGGGUUAUUUCAUUCAGUCGUUCAAUAAACAUUUGUUGUGGGCCUACUAAGUGCUGGGCACAGUGCUGGGUCCUGAGGCUACAGGGGUUAGUAGCAAACUGGACGUGGUCCCUGCCUCCUGGAGCCAUCAGUUCCCAACAUGGCAUGCCCACCUUUUAAAAAGCCAGCAUGUGCCCCUUCCGUGAUGUGCUCUUUAGAAAUGCCAGGCUGCUGUAUUCAGGAAAUGCACUGGGCACACAGCUUCCCGCAAGUCAGUGUCUCAGAGAAAUAAAAGGCUAGCGGGGGAGGGGGAGGGGUGUCUUCAAGACACAGACCUCCUUCCUGUCCAGCUGGGCCAGGACCACCCGAAAUACCAGACCCCAGAGCCUUCAGAAGCAGUUGUGUCCCUGUGGGGACAGUGGCCCCUGUCUUUGGGGGACAAAGCCCCAGACCUUCACUCCAACCCCAGAGCUGAAGACACCAAGUGCCUAUGGGAGGGUGUUUUUCUGGAGACUAAGAGUUUGUUGUGUGUGUGUUGGGUUAAUGUGGGUUUUCGGGCUUGCUUUCAUUUUUUUCUAGUCUAUCUUAAGGGGAAGUAAGUGCUUCCCAUGUAGAGACAGUGUGUGUGUGUGUGUAGGUUUUUCUAAAGCUCUCCCCGUCGAUAAGUCAGUAAUUCCUGAUGAUCCUGGAACCCUCAGGACUCAGGCACCUGUUCCCAUCUUGCUUGCCCACCUGUGUGACUACCCUGGGUGUGGACACUCCCUCUCCCCCCGCCCCGUGGACUCAUUGCUCUUUCCCACCCCCACUUCCUAUAAAUUGUAGGCCUAGAAGAUACUUCUGUGUUGCAAAUCUCAGCAGAGUUCCUGUUUCGAUCCUUAUUUUGAAAGACUUUAUGUAAGAGGGCAGGGGUGUUGUCAAGAUGGCACAGUUUCAACUUUCUGGACAAGAGGCCAUGAUGGAGAUCAAAAGAUGUGGGGGAAGAGCCUGAUGAAGCCGCAAUAAAAUAAACGGUGAGGGGGAAGUCA